AUUAAUUAACACAACCAAUCAAAUACGGAGUAUCUCAUUUAACUUUUGACUUAUCGCCGGCCGGGAAUGGAAUUUCCCAGCGAGAACUCCGAACACGAAUCUACUCCAAAGCUAUCGCUAACCAAACUCCCCACCAAACACAGAUCACCACUAACAGCCCUAACCCCUCCACUCCACGCGCCGGUAUCUGUACCGUUUCAAUGGGAGGAAGCGCCGGGAAAGCCGAUAAGCUCCGCCACCUGCGAAAACUCACCACUGCCGCCGGCGAAAUCAAAUUCUGUCUGCCGGAGCCUUGACUUGCCUCCGAGGUUACACUCGACGACGGCGAACGCCGGUUUUGACUUGUCGGAUGAAAUUAGCCGGUCGACUCUGUCUUCGUUCUCGUCGUUCCGGAGCCUCGAUGAAGGACUUAUUGUUAGGAUUUUGAAGAGAGAGAGCAAGGAGGUGGGAGCUUUCUCAUUCUCGCCGCCAUUAACGCCGGGUGGAGGAGAUCGGAAAACGAGCAGGAUUACGAGCAAGGGCAAUUUGGACCUUUCGUUCUCGUUUUCAGUGAGAGACGCUGGUUAUGAAGGUAGCUCGAAGAAGGUGGCGCGUGUUGGGAGAAGAAGCAACAGCCUGUUGAAAGUUUCCCGUACCACAUCUACUCGUCUCCUGACAAGCAUUUGUGAAAGCCUUAAGCAUGCGGUUCCCUGGAGGUGGAAAGUAAGAUGAUGAGUCGCGACUCUAACUAACCAUAUGAAUAAUCUUCGUGCCGUGCCGUGCCGUGCCGUUAUGUUCUCAACAUAAUUCGGUUGCCAUUAUUAUUAGUUCAUAAUAGUAUACACUUGAUUAUGAUUCAUGAAUUCAUGAUCGAAUGUACCUUCAUGGCAUCAUAUACCUGUUACUAUAUUAGCAAAAAUGUACUAUAUGAUCGAAUAUUCGAAUGUACUUUCUGAAUGAAAUGCUUAGCUCCCCAAGCGUUUCAAUUCUAGAUGUGAUGAAAUUAGAAAUGGGAUGGGUUAUAUGAAAAUUUAGUGUAUGUUUUUUUUAAA